AUUAUUUAAAAAAAAGGAGAGAGGGAAAGGAGGAUCGACCCUCUACAGAGGACCGUAUUCACAGGUCAAUCACAUAGGAGGACCGAUUUCUUGCUCAGGGGCCGUUAUCUCACGAUUGACCCACCUUUUUCUUUUAAAAGAGAAGGAUUCCAACUGUCACCAUGGGCAAAAACCGGUCCAGGAGGAACAAAAUGGCUGCUAAGGCGCGAACUAACUUGGAAGGGAAAGAGAAGCUCUCGUCUCAGGAUCUCAGACACCAAUUAACUCUCUCCCAAUCCAGGCGUGAAACACAAGACAAAUCUUGUGAACAAAGUUUCCACUCCAAAGCCCCUAAGAGUUCUCAUCCAAAGGAUUCUCAAGCAGCAACAGGAAAAUUCGACGAGAACUCCCCCAUAGUACGAAAGUUAAUCGGAUGGCUCAACAAGGAAGGAGAGGCCCGGUCCCAAAGGACCGGGAGAGAAACGGGCCAAGAAGAGGAUGAGGAUGUGGAGAGUCAAGGGCGCGUAUCAGUACACAAGCGGAUGCGCAGAAAUGCGUCCCAAAGGUUGGGACCCAGAACUGAGGAAUUUGGGGAAAAUUCUGGGGGACACGACAAUGAAGAUGCCGGAGACAUUCUCAAAUUGAGAAAAGAAAUGGAGGAACUAAAGAGGCAGGUUGACAAGGACGGGUCUUUUGGACUCACAGUGGAGAUAAUUUCUCCCUUUACUGCCAGAGUGAUGAAAGCUCAAUUGCCCAGGGGUAUGAAAGCCCCUAAAAUCCGUUAUAAAGGAGUCACCGAUCCCAAUGAUCACUUGGCCGCGUACCAAACUCACAUGUUGAUGCACGCCGUGGAAGACGAGAUCCAAUGUCGUCUCUUCGUAGGAACUUUGGAGGGGCCGGCCGUAAAAUGGUUCAUCACCCUUCCUAACGGGACCAUUGAUUGCUUCAAAGAUCUUGCUCAACUUUUCCUCAACGCCUAUGGAGGAAGUUUCCAACCAAAGAAGCACUUCACCCAUCUUUUCUCCCUAAAGCAAAGGGAGGGGGAGACCAACAGUGAAUUGGUACAAAGAUGGAAUGAAGCAAUCAAUGAGGUGGAGCCUAUGGACGAUAAGACUUCCAUUGCUCUGUUCAUGAAUGUUCUUAGGUCGGGAGAAUUGUUCAGGAAGUUAGAUUACGAUACCCCUACUUCUUACAAGGCUAUGAUGGCUAGGGUUAACAAGUUCUGCGCCACGGAAGAGUCGGAUCGCCUGAAAGGAAAGAGUGAGGGAGCCUUGCAUAAAGGUCCCGACAAAGAAAAGAAAGGAGAAAAGGCCAAGGCAACCACUCUUUCCAUCCCUACCCUCAAGUCACUAGCCGCACCGGUGGCAGAAAUCAAGAGCAAGGAGGAAGGUGGACAGAAGAGGAAACGUGGAGACCAAAAAAGAAGGCAGUGGCCCUAUGACCCAGAAAAAUAUUGCAACUUCCAUAGAAGGCCCGGACACGCCACGGAGGAAUGUCAUUUCCUCAAAAAGAUGGAAGGAGAGAUGAAGGACAAGGUGCCAAAUGCUAAUCGGGAGCCGAACCAAGGAGGUAAUGUUUGGCGUAGGGACGCCCAACCUCAACAGCAAGUCCAGGAGAACCCGGAGGAAUUUCCCCAAGUAGGAGUCAUCUUUGGCGGUCCAGAAACGGGAGUCACAAGCAAGGAAAGGAAGGAAUGGGCUCGGAAGGUAUAUGUGGGGUCCAUUGACAUAGGUCAGGCGGCCAAGAGAGGAAGGAGAGAGCCCAUUGUCUUCUCAGACGAGGAUUUACCCCUCAUCCCUAGUCCUCAUCGGACUCCCCUGGUAAUUUCUAUGGCUAUUCAUAAAUUUUUUGUCAAAAGAAUAUUGGUGGACACAGGAAGCAGUGUCAAUGUGUUGUACUGGGAGGCGGCCCAGCAAUUGGGAAUCAGGAAGGAAGAUCUCACAAAGCUUAACAUGCCCUUGUCCGGUUUCACUGGAGACAUAAUUGAACCGGAAGGAUCCAUUAAAUUGGACAUCAUCAUAGGCAAGCAUCCUAUGGUGAGGUAUAUGAGGAUGGAUUUUGUAGUGGUUGAUAUCAAAUGCACUCAUAAUGCCAUCCUAGGGAGGCCUGGGCUAGAGGACUUGGGAGGUGCGCUAUCCCUUGAGCACCUGUGCCUCAAGUUUAGGACUCCCAAAGGUGUUGGGAGGGUCCUUGGUGAUCAACCCGCGGCGAAGAAGGCCUAUCUAAGUGCCUGCAAGAGGAUAGACAAGGAGAAUCUCAACAUCCAAACCAUUGGGCAAGCUUUGGAAGAUAAGGAAAGGAGAGAGGAGGACCAGGAGAGGCCUAAGCCAGCUGUGGAAAUGGAAGAAGUGGUGCUAUUCCCUGAGGGGGAUCAAGAAAAGGUUGUGAGGAUCGGUUUAGGGCUAGAGGAGGAUACCCGUGGAGAGAUUAUCCGAGUACUAAGAGAAAACUCGGUCCUCUUCGCGUGGGAAUCCAAGGAUAUGCCCGGAGUCGAUCUCUCGGUCAUUUGCCAUAAGUUGAACAUCAAGGUGGACUCCCUCCCCGGUCAAGCAGAAGAAAAGGUAUCUGUCCACGGACAGAAAAGAAUUUGUGAGGAAAGAGGUGAAGACCCUUUUGGAGGCCGGCCACAUCAGGGAGGUCCAAUAUCCUAAAUGGCUCGCUAAUGUGGUGCUGGAA